AACAAGUGGCGGGAAAACAUGGCGGUGGCGCCCGUGCUGCGUUCUCCCGCCUUUUUCGACUUGCCAUGUCGCGAAUUGUCGGGGAGCACGUUGGAGUUGGUUUGUCAGAUCUCUGACCGAGCCAGAACCGCUCUGAACCGCUCGGAAUGCACCGGGAAGUGUCGAAACACGGUUUCAAACACGUAGGCAUCGAAGAACGAUUGAUUUAACGCUUAAAACAAGCAUGGAUCCAAGUGAGAUCGAGUUUCUCGGCGAGAAACAGCUGGUCAGCAUAGUGCCGAACUUCAACUCCGACGUAAUCUAUCUGAUCUCGGGUUCAGUGGGUCCGUUUCGUGCCGGGCUGCCUGUGAAGGUGCCGAUUUGGCUCGCCAUGUGUCUGAAGCAGAAACAGAAAUGCCGUAUCAUCCGCCAAGAAUGGAUGGACGUCGAGAGUUUGAACGAGCGAAAGGACAACGAGAAAAUGUCCAAGUUGUUCACAGAGAUGCCAAGUCAUUAUAUGGACGAGAGUCAAAUUUUGCUGAACAUUGCAAAUGAUGAUAUUCCUGACGCAGAUGGAAUAAGGAUUGCUGUGAAGGACAUAUGGGAUAUGAGAAUGUCCAAGUUGCGCACGUCUGUGGAUGCUUUCAUAAAAAGUGAAGGAAUGCAUGCAAAACUGAAUCAUCUCACCACAAUGGAGAUUAGUGGUAUACGUCCACUGUUACCGCAUGCACUAGAUCAAAUGUUGCGGAUGCAAUCUGCAGGAAGUACAAGUUCAGGAGAAACAAGUACCCAGCAUAGCAGCAGUGGAUAUAGCAGUUUGUGAGGAAAAUAAUGUUUCAUAUUUACCUCUAGGUGCGUCUACGUGCGAUAUAGGAUGCGCGCACGAAACCAUCGAGGUUCUCGCGCGGCUUCCCUUCGCAGCGGGCUGCGCCCAUGCCGCGGAGCGUAACGUUCUCGUUCACUCGAACGGCGGAGAGUUCAUCGUCGUGGAAUGCGCGACGAGGAACAAUGCGCGAGGAAGAGGAGGAGAACGCGCGUACGCGAAGCCGCGCCACUUCCGGCGUAGACCGACCGGAGAACCCCGCCGCCGCUACCACCGUCGUCAUCAUCGUCAUCGUCCUCGUCGUCGUCGUCGUGGGAAGAGAGGGGACGAGAGAAGGAAAGACAGAGAGAAGCCGAGAGCUUUUAAUAUAACACACGGUAAUUGCCGCUUGUUGUACUAAACGUAACCGUCGUCCCGCGUUAUCUCGCAUUCUCGCAUUCCCGAGCAGCGGAGGAUGACACGGGGGGAACCACAAAAGGUCGCGACGAUUGCGGAUGUGCGCGCUCUCACUUCGACUUGAAACGCGCGUUCCGCAGUUGAACGAAUACGAGUAAGUGAACCCCAGGAUCGACGCACCAGGCGUAUCGGUUUAAGAAUUCUUCUCCCUGGGACGAAAAUGUACCUUCCAACUUUCUAAUAGCCUUAUUGAAUUCGCUAAUCUGCGUUGUACAAUGAUCGUAUCUUCUGUUCAUACAUUUCACAUGAUAGAGAAAGAACGGUGUUUAGAAUUGCUUCGUUUAGACUUCGACGAAAUAAUUCUGAACGGGAUUCUUUCCCGUUGAAA